UAUUUUAGAAAAUCAUUCCUUUUUACCAAACAUCAAUAGAUUCAAUCACUUGAUCUUAUUAUUAGAACUAAGUGAUCUUUCUCAGUCAACCCUUUUACCCUUAUUCUCUACGGAUCAGGAAGAUCAAUUUUAAGUCCCAUUUUCCUACUUCAAAAUCUUGUUUCUUCUGCUUCAUUUUUAAUCGCGUGGGCAUUUUUUUAAUUUCUAAAUUGAUCGUUUGGAGCUAUUUAACAAUGAAAUGGAUAUAGGGCUUGGCAAAAAAAUGGUCUCUUGAAGGUUUUAUUAAUCUGUUUACUGUUGAUCUGCGGUGCAUUUUGUCGUUUCUUAUUCGUAGGUUACUUUGUAAUUAAGUGCUAUUUAAAUAAUUAUAAUGGAUAUACAUGAAAUGAAUGCUGAGGAAGACAAGAGGGUGCAAUUAAAUAUAUGUUGGUUGAGUACAUGAAUCCGUAUUUACGCUUACUGGCCUUUACAGAUGGCACCAGUCAAUAGAUUCCUUAGGUCAAAUGUUAAGCAACAAUGCUGCAUAUAUGUUGGUUGAGUACAUGAAUCCACAUUUACGCUUACUGGCCUUUACAGAUGGCACCAGUCAAUAGAUUCCUUAGGUCAAAUGUUAAGCAACAAUGCUGCAUAUGGAUUAUAUGAAACCGGAGGAUGUUGGGCUAAGCAAUAGGCUGCUGGAGAUCUUCAAUGCUCAAGAUGCAGCUAGAGGGAAUCUAAUGGAAGAUCCAGUUAAAGGGUCUCCGGUUGUUACGUACACAACCAUAUACAAGUGUUCGAAUUUUUCGCUAUGUCUCUUCUUUCUUCCUGCAACUGCUGUUAUCCCCUUGCAUAAUCAUCCUGAAAUGACUGUGUUUAGCAAGCUCCUUCUGGGAACAAUGCACAUCAAAUCAUAUGAUUUCGUUGAUCCUAUGAGCUCCCAUGACUCUCCGCAACAUUCACAACCUAGACUGGCAAGGUUAGUCACAGAUAAUGAUUUCACGGCGCCUUGUGACACUUCUGUAUUGUAUCCAACAACUGGCGGCAACAUCCAUGAAUUCAGGGCUAUUACAACGUGUGCAGUGCUGGAUGUGCUUGGACCUCCCUAUUUGAAAGACGAUGGUCGAGACUGUUCAUACUACAAGGAGUUUCCAUUCACUGCAUUUUCAAAUGGAGAAAAAUCAGCGAGUGAAGAGGAGGGUGAGUGUUAUAGAUGGCUGGAAGAGAUUGAAGUGCCAGAGAAUUCACAUAUGGAUGAAAUUGAGUACUUAGGUCCCCAGAUUGAUGAUAAUUAAGUAUUUGGUAGCUAAGCUAUCUCAUUUAUAGAAAGUUUCACACUCUUCAAAGGGCUUGAUAAGUUUUUUUUUUUUUCUUUUUAAUUAAGAAAAUAAUUACAAGAAAAAUUCUACCUUUUUAUUUUUGUAAAAUUAAAUAUACUUUGGUCUAUAAUUAGUUAUUGGACAUUUUUUA